AUGGAAGAGACUUCAGGAACCGCCCCACCAGUCAUUGGUGUCGAAGAAUUCCAGUGGAUGAGACAGAGCCGCGCCCCAGUCGCCUGUCAGCAAUGCCGAAUCCAACGAACCCGCUGCGACGUCGUGCUCAAGAAGGGCAGCUGCACAAAUUGCGCCUUCUACGAGAUCGAAUGCCAGGUGGUUACAGGGAAGCGCAAGGCAAGGGCACUCGGGCAUCUCGUCACGAUACCGGCCGGUCAGGUUUACAUGCGGCCGCCCGAGUGCGCUGCUGACCGGUCGUCUGGUGGCGCCGAUAUGCCGCAACCAACGUUGCCUCUGACAGAGAAACCGGCGAAUAUCUCCGACGAGGAGUUUGUACUUUUGAGGAAUAAGGGGCUUUUUGAAAUGCCAGGGACGGAGCUCCGCCAUCGGAUGGUCGAAGCGUAUCUUCGCCAUGCGUAUGGCAAUUUGCCGGUCAUAAGCUUCCAGGACCUGGUAUUUAUGGCUGAUCCCGGACGGCGGUAUUCCAACUGGUUUGUCUUUAUGGCGGUGUGUGCAAUAUCUGUGAACUUGGUCGAUAAGGUGCAUCUGGAGGAGCUGGGUGUUAGAUCAGCCAAGGAAGCAUCUCAGAUGUUCUUUGCGAAAGCCGAGGCCUUGUACCGGUUCCAAUGGCAAGGGCACCAGAAAUAUACAACCCUCCAAGGCCUCCUCGUGCUGGCAUUCUGCGAGAAAGAGGUAUACAUGAAGGAUGGCUGGUCGUGGACCUGGGCAGCAUACACAACAGCAGUACAGCUGGGCCUCGACCAAAAGUCAACAAAGAUGAGCGUUCGCGAGGGUGGGCUUCGUCGAAGACUAUGGUGGACAUGCUACACUCAAUCCUGCUUGAUCAAUCUCCACAGCACAGGCCCACCGCGCAUUCGCAUCCCAGAAACCGAUGUACCCCCGCUGACCGAAAAGGACUUUGAGCCACAAAAGCCUAUCUUUUGUCUUGACCUUAUCCCUUCCUUAACCAUGGCGCAGGAAAGCUGCAGCGCUUUCAUACAGAAGGUCCAGCUUCUUCGCAUGUACAACGAGUGUACGUUACGAGAGCAAAUGGCAAGGGGCACCGGGCAAGUGGCCACCGAUGUGCUGCUGGAUCUGAAGCAGAUUUUUAGGUCUGCAACGAAAACAGACUUUAAACCGCUUUUGGGUGAGAAGGAUACCUCUCGAGAUAACUCCAUCUGCUCCAUCCCAUCAUCACCAUUGGACACUGGCCCAGCUUGUGAGCCACAAGAGGAGCCACAUUUAAGUACGAGCACCAUCUGUAUGUUCCUCGACAUGGAGAGGAUUCUCUACAACUGUGCGUCUGAGUCGGAAGCUGGGACGGAGAAUAAUGAAUUGGACGUAUUUCCCUAUUAG